AUGGCCAGGGACCGCGAGGCGAGGGCGCGCAGCCGCCAGGCGACCUUUGAGAGCCUGUCGGCCGUCGUCGCCGCCCUCGCCGCACGUGGCCGGCCCGUCACGUGCGUCGUUUGCAGCAUGGUUCUCCCCGCGGCGCUGGACGUCGCGCGUGAGCACGCCAUCCCGCUCGCCGUGUACUGGAUCCAGCCGGCCACCGUGCUCGCCGCGUACUACCACUACUUCCACGGCCACGGCGACCUCGUCGCGUCCCACGCCGCCGACCCCGCGUUCGAGGUGUCCCUGCCCGGCAUGCCCCGCCCGCUCCGGAUCCGCGACUUCCCGUCCUUCCUCGUCGACACCACGGGCAGCGAGCUGGCCAAGCUCAUGAACGAAGCGGCCCGAGAAGUGUUCGAGCGCUUGGGUGAUCACGGCUGCACCAAGGUUCUCGUCAACACUUUCGACGAGCUGGAGCCGGCAGCGCUGGCGGCCAUGAAGGAGCGCCUAGACGUGUUCGCCGUGGGGCCGGUGAUCGGGCCCUCCUCCUCGGCCGAGCCGCGCAUCCACCUGUUCAACCACGCCGGCGCCGACGAGAAGAGGUACAUGGAGUGGCUGGGCGCGGAGGCGGCGAGGUCGGUGGUGUACGUUUCGUUCGGGAGCGUAUGGACGUACACCGAAAAGCAGAUGGAGGAGAUUGCCAACGGGCUGCGCCCGUGCGGGCGGCCGUACCUGCUCGUCGUGCCCAACGAUGGGCGGCAGGAGGACGUGAGCCGGAGCCUGGACGACGUCGUGCUAGAGGGGCUGGGCAUGGUGGUGGAGUGGUGCGACCAGCCGAAGGUCCUGUCGCACCCGUCCGUGGGAUGCUUUGUCACGCACUGCGGCUGGAACUCCGCGCUGGAGGCCAUGUCGCUCGGCGUGCCGGUCGUCGCCGCGCCAAGCUUGUUCGACCAGCGGACGAACGCGUUCCUGAUAGAGGAGGAGUGGGCUGCCGGCGUCAGAGGGGAGCGCAACAGCGAGGGCGUCUUCACUCGGGAGGAGCUCGCGAGGUGCGUGGAGCUGCUCAUGGGUCAUGGCCCAAGGGCCAUUGAAAUCAGGGAAAGAGUAGAGGCUCUGAAAGGGAUGGCGCGAGAGGCCGCGGCUUCAGGCGGGCCGGCGGAGCGGAGCCUCCGAAGCUUUGUCAUGGCGGCCGGUUCAAACAUCGGAUGA